AUGUAUUCAGCCAGAGGCGAUGGGAAUGACGAUGCUGAUGCUGAUAGUGGUGGUGCUGGUGAUGGUGCUGGUGCUGGUGCUGGUGCUGGUGCUGGUGCUGGUGCUGGUGCUGGUGAUGGUGAUGGUGAUGGUGAUGGUGCUGGUGCUGGUGAUGGUGCUGGUGCUGGUGCUGGUGCUGGUGCUGGUGCUGGUGCUGGUGCUGGUGCUGAUGCUGUUGGCGCUCUGGCCGGGUCGGGUACAGGUGAGGAGGAUUGGAAGGAGGCAAGGAUGCCCGAUACGAGAGGGGACUCUGAGAUCACUUCAGCGGAUGAGCGGUGGAACUGCUCUGAUACCAUGGAUGGAGCUGAAGAUUGGCAGGAGGAUAGUAACGGGGAUGACAGUAAAGCGGAUGCUACUAACGCGGAUUGUGAUAAGGGGGAUGGUGGCAAAGCGAAAGGCAGUAAAGCGGAUAGCAAGAUGGAGGUGGCGAUUAAAGUGCUUCACGAAGAGAGCGUUCAAGGAAUGACGGAGUGGAUGGCCGAGCUUCUGCUGCUGGGAAGGCUGAAACACCCCAACUUGGUGAAUCUGAUCGGAUACUGUUCCCAGAAGAACCAGGCGAUGCUGGUGUAUGCACUGAUGCCGCAUGGGGGGCUGGAUACGUGGUUACUGCAAGACUCGCCCCGCCCUGUGCUGACGUGGCAGCAGAGAAUACAGAUCGCUGUGGGGGCAGCACAGGGCCUGGCGUACCUGCACGGUUCAAACAUCAUUCACCGAGAUCUCAAGUCGUGCAAUAUCCUCUUAGACCAGCACAUGCGCGCCAGGUUGACAGACUUUGGAAUGGCGAGGGCGGGCCCAGAGGAGGGGAAGACGCAUGUUUCCACUCAAAUAAAGGGGACUUUGGGGUAUUUAGACCCCGAAUACAUGGACACUGGCCACCUGGCUCCCACCAGCCACCUCGCCCCCACCAGUGACGCCACCUCGCUCCCACCAGUGAUGUUUAUUCCUUUGAAAUAA